AGAUCGGGCUGACUAGGUGGGAGGGGAAAGUUAGGCUGCGCGGUGUUUCCUGGGAGCCUACUGAGAGGCAUUCAGCUGCGCGGAGCUUCCUGGGAGUUGGAGUACGUCUCCUGGAUGGGUGGUUUCUGCCGUUCAGACGUGAGAAAAGCUUUCGACCAGCAGUCGACUAGGAUCAGUCGCGGCCACUAUUUCCAUCACAUUCAUGGCUACUUAUAGCUUGGCGAACGAGCGGCUGAGAGCCUUGGAAGAUAUCGAACGGGAAAUAGGGACUAUCCUGCAGAGCGCUGGAAAUGUGAUCCUGGAACUGUCCAAAGAAAAGGCAAAUGAACGGUUGCUGGACCGGCAGGCGGCAGCUUUCACCUCUUCCGUGCAACACGUGGAGGCUGAACUGUCAGCCCAGAUCCGAUACCUGACUCAGGUAGCAACUGGCCAGCCUCAUGAGGGUUCCAGCUACUCAUCAAGAAAGGACUGUCAGAUGGCACUGAAACGAGUAGAUUAUGCCCGAUUAAAACUGAGUGAGCUGGCACGAACCUGUGAACAGGUGCUGGAGACCUAAAACAGAAUAAAGGCCUUUCCCUUUCCUUUUAUUGUCUUGAAAAAAGCAAGGGAAAUAGGCCACAAUAUUAAUAAGGAGAAGGAAGUGAUAUCCACAGAUUUUACCAUUAAGAAAUCCAUAGGAAAAAGAAAAAAAUGCCCUGUUUCACCUAAAAACUCUUCAGAAAUUACCUCCUUGAUCUUAAUAUACAACUUCCUUCUUCCACCCAAA